UCGCGUUUAAACGCACAAUCCCCGUCUCUUUGAACAAAGCAAGGAGAGUGGGAUUUCCUUCACCUACGCACACCUCCAACCCGAUACACACAUACCUUUUUUAAAAGGAAUGCAAUCAACCCGAAAACAUCCUACCCAGACCAAGUCCCGCCCCUCCAAAUCCUCAACUACAAGCAAACCCAUCAAAAUCCACCUUCCAAAACCCUCGCAACCAGACGCAUGGGCCUACGACUUUGUCGACCGAUUAGGUCUCCCCUCGUCAAAACCCACGAAAACCUCCAACCAUCAUUCCAAAUACGCUGGACAUGACGUAGUAGAAGACAUGAGGGUUUUACAGGAUGCCCUCAACACCACCAAAUCCCCCAAAAAGCUACAAAAGAAACCCGUUAAACCACCUCUUCACAUCAACCCUUGGUCCAGCACUACAAAACUCUCUACCGAAGCCACCAAACUCAAACAAAAAACCCAAUCUCUUCGGACACUUCAGGCACGGGACGUUGCGAACGCACAAGAGCGCUCUAAAGCUGCUAGAGAUCAAGUAGUGAGUAAACAGCAAAUGUUGGAGACGUUGUUGAGAGAGCAUACAAGGCUUUUUGCGGGGGUCCUUGGAGAAAAAAGAAAAAGUAGGAAAAAGAAACGAGGAAAGGAGCCCAAUGAAAAGGAGAAUGGACUUGGAGAAGAGUUGGAGGUGACGACAUUUGAACCAGGUCCACCCGUCGUGGAAAGUGUACUCCCAGAUUACAGAGUGGAAGAACAGGACCAUAGUACAGAAUUGGAUAUACUACACAACCCAACAGAAUCCAUCGCUUCUCCCCUUCAUUUACCCACACAAACUCCACCCCGCCAUUCCACACCCGCCGCAAAGGACAACCAAACCCAAACAGACUCAACGGACUUGAUCGCAACACGCGAUACUCAAACUUCAACGGAUACACCGCCAAAACCUCCCCCUGAUCCUCCCAAACCGUCAUCAUCUUCAGCCGCGUCCUCACAUGUAGACGUCACACCCGAUACGACAACCCCAUCCGCAAAUCCGUCCCUCGUGUACGCUCAAAUUCGUACAUUCCUAGAAAACAUUGACGCGGCAUCUAGCGUCACAUCCCGAUUCCUCGAAUCCAAACAAUCCCAAGGCGGUUUAAGUAGAGAACAAAGAGAGGAAUGCGUCAUGUUUGGGUCAAGGUUACGGGAAAAGAUUUUACACCUCAUCACGCUUUACAAUACAUAUUGCGAGAAAAUGGAGGAUGUACUACAAGAAAUGGAACCCACUGGACAAUAAAAACAAAAGACAAAUAAAUAAAAAUCCCCUUUCAUCUCCGUCGCUUCUUGUUUGCCCCAUUCACCACCUAAGAUACCACAAAAAAAACCCAUUAAAACCACCACCUCACAAG